ACGAGCCCGGACAGCACUACUGAUGACAUCAUCGACGAUUGCAUCUGGUGCACCAAUAUCGGCACGGCACGUGACAAGUGGCGAGAGUAUGCCGCUUACAAAAAGAGGAAAACUGCCGCCGUCAUAAUUAACACGUUUGAACUUGUACUUCGGUCGGUUGGCCGGCCGGCCGGCAAAGAUUUGUCGUCACUUGACAGCAGCGACGGACAGCGUGCUAACUGCAGCCAGCCCUGUAAUGACCUUGCGGGACAGUGGCUACUUCACGGUCACUCCGGACAGUGGCCGCUACUGCUUCGACUUCAGUCCGGGGACGAUGGUCGAAACGGCAGCAACGACGACGACGACGACCACGACCACGACCACGACCACGACCACGACAACGAAGGCGAGUGUCGUGGAGCUGAACCUCGAGCAAAGUGUUCUGCUUCGUCGUCGCCAAAACGAUUUCAAGCGACGUUCGACGGACAACUGCUCGGCUCAGAAGAAGUGGUCAAGCUUGCUUACUUCGUCGCCACUGCCGCUGCCGGUAGGUGUUCGUUCGAAAACGACAUGCAACGGGACGGGUUCCUACGGUUGGACUUGGAAAUGCGCCGUCAUGCCCAGACGACGUCAGGCGCUUCCAGUCGAGUUCUCGGAACGCAGUGUUGCGCCGUUACCGCGUUAUCGCCGCCGAUAAUCUCCAACAAGCAGUGCCCGCAGUCGGAUCUAUUGUCGGAAUGGAAGUGUCAUAUGCGAAACUACUCAGCACGGACGGCAAGAGGGAACGACGGUGUCAGCAGGGGCCACUUCAUGGGCGGUGUCCUUUCAGAGCUCACGGCCUGCUUAGACAACGCAGCGCCUGUUGUGCGUCCGUCUACAAACCCGAUGUACCACGGCGGGUUUUUGGGAGGUCUUAGACUGCGCGUGGUUCCUCAGAGUGAGGCAUACGCUUACUCACCAAGCAGCUUGGCAGAGGACGUUUGGCGCCACGUCCAGGCGUUUCCAGGUCGCUACAUGUGGAACAAGAAUAUGGCUUUCUUGCCAGUGGUGUCUAGAGACUUCAGUGAGUUCAUUCCUCUGCUGAGUGCUUUACCUUCAGCAUUCUCUGCACGCUUACUCGAAAGAGAUCGACGACUUUCGCUGUUCGCACUCGGUAAGAUUCGCUACCUUCGUUACGACCGGAGUGACGCUUUUGCCUUUGAGGCUAACGAAAAUGGUUCGCAGGAAAUUUACGUGUCAUCGAUCGAUCGAAUGCCUGAUGUCGUUCUGCAGGUUCGUCUCGAUCUGGGUGUAGAUUCCGGUAUGAGACAGUCGCCCAAGGACUGCGUUCAUAAUCACGGCUUGACACCGAAGGAAUUUUCGGCCAAUCUGCGAGCGAUCGCUGACCAGCUUUGCGGUCCACGGCUGCCACAGACGAUACCGUCGUUGUUGACCGCUUGCUUGAAUCGAACCGCUCAAGGAAUUACGGUAGCCGGGAAAGAGGUAAACUGA